AUGACUAUAACAGAUCGCUUGAAUGGAAUGAACGAUGUCAUAGGUAAAAAACUUACAACUGAUCGUUCAUUUGUGGUUCCUGAUUUCAAUGCCGCCGACGAAGACAGUUGGCUUUUUGAAGAUUUCAGUCGUGAUGAUGCAAUUAAUACACUACAGACUCAAUUGGAUGGUACAUUUCUUGUACGUCCCAGUGGAACUAUAAAAGGUGACCUUGUUCUUUGCGUCAAAGAGGGCUCAAAAGUAAGUCAUUAUAUAAUCAACGUAACACAAGAACCAUCUCCAGCAAUAUAUAAAAUUGGUGAUAAAACAUUUUCAAGUAUGAAAGAGCUCUUAACGUUCUACAAACAACGAUUACUAGAUACAUCACCACUUGUUCGCAUCCACCCAAAAUUACGAGUACGAACAAAAUACAAAUUCGAUGGAAAAGAUGAAGAAGAUUUGCCGUUUAAGAAAGGACAAAUUUUAAUGAUUAUUAAAAAAGUCGAACCAUUAUGGUGGUUUGCAAGGAAUAGUGCUGGAGAUACAGGAAUGAUUCCAGCGAAUUAUGUUGACUAUAUUCAAGAUGAGGUUUAA